GAUUUUUCACGAACAAAUGGAAGUUUAACAGAAAUGAAACAAAAAAUACAAGAUAAAUAUCGUUAUUGUAUUACACGUCAAAAAGUAUUAUUAGAUCAUGUUGCUGAAGGAUAUGAAUGUGAUUAUUGGGAAUAUAAUGAAGAUGUAUAA